AUGACGUUCUGCGCAGGGAAUAAAGACGGGAGUGGACCUUGUAGUGGGGAUAGUGGGGCGGGGUUUAUUGUUAAGAAGGGGGAGAGGUGGUACUUGAGGGGGUUGGUGUCGACGGUUAUUAAGAAUGAGGAUUAUUCGUGUAAUUUGGAUAAGUUUAUUGUUUUUGCGGAUAUAGCUAAGUUGGAGGAUUGGAUUAAGAAAGCCCUUAAGGUUUGGCCCAAUUCAACGACUUAUAUUAAAACUAAAAUGGCUUGGUGUCUCAGAGUAAAAGUUGGUGAGGGUUCUGUAUUGGGACCCCUCCUGUUUCUUGUAUACACAGCCGACUUAAGAAAGCAUAUUCGGUCACCAUGUGCGUUUUAUGCUGAUGAUUUUAAAAUCUAUAACUCGUCCUGUAAACUAAAUGUAAUUGCGACGGAUAUAUUAGCUGUGACGGAGUGGAGUAAAAAAUGGCUCAUUCCUUUGAAUAUUAGCAAAUGUGUUGUCUUGCACAUUGGCCCCCAUAAUCCCAGAGCUGACUACUUCAUAUAUGGUGUUCCACUGACUAAAGUAGAUGCACAGAACGACUUAGGAGUAACAAUUACCACCGAUUUAACGUGGUCACAACAUAUCGCUAAAAUAGUAAGUAAAGCCAACAAAAUGGUAUAUCUAUUAAGACGUACGUUUAAAAAUCCUGACCAUGACACAGUUGCAAAACUACACAAAACAUAUGUAAGGCCAAUCCUGGAGUAUUCUAAUUUAGUGUGGUAUCCAAUUUUAGUUAGGGAUAGUGAUCUGUUAGAAGGCGUUCAGAGGCGUAUGACUCGAUUACCUUAUGGCAUUUUGCGACCAUCGUAUGAACAGAGACUCGUAAUCAUGAAAUGCCCUGCAUUGGGUCAAAGAAGAACAAGAGGAGACGCCAUUGCAACAUUUAUUGCACUCAUAUUAAAUGUUCCUCCGACGAACAGCAUGUUUACUUUGAAUUCUGAUGUGCGUACUAGAGGUCAUCAGUUUAAGCUCCUGAAAGAAGCGUUUCGCACCAGAACCCGACAGUUUUUCUUCUCGAACCGUAUUUUCGACACAUGGAACUCUCUCCCUUUACAAGUAGUGUGCAGCCCAAGUGUACUUAGUUUCAAGAAAAAUUUUGAUCAUUUUAUGAAUAUGUAA